GCCAGCAUGCCUGAGCCACUAGCCAACGCAACGGCCAUCAUGGAGUUCCUGCUCCUGGGGCUCCCCGAUGACCAGGGGCUGCAGAUUCUCUGUGCCAGCCUCUUCCUCCUGAUGUAUCUGGUCGCCCUGACGGGAAAUCUGCUCAUCAUCACCCUCACCACCACAGACUGGCGACUCCAGGCACCCAUGUACUUCUUCCUGAGGAACUUGUCCUUGAUCGACAUAUGCUACAUCUCUGCCACCGUCCCCAAGUCCAUCCUGAACUCUGUGGUCCACAGCUACUCCAUUUCCUUCGCGGGCUGUGCGGCUCAGGUGUUCCUGGUGAUAGGCUUUGCGGGGGCAGAGUUCGCCCUCCUGCUUGCGAUGUCCUAUGACCGCUAUGCCGCCAUCUGUCACCCCCUGCACUACGAGGCCAUCAUGAGCAGAGGCACCUGUGUGCGGAUGGUGACGGCGUCGUGGUUCAGCGGCUGCGUGUACGGCUCUCUGCACGUGGCAGGGACGUUCUCCGUCCGCUUCUGCGGGUCCAACAUCGUGCACCAGUUCUUCUGCGACAUUCCCUCGCUGCUGGUGCUGGCCUGUCCCGGGGACCAGAUUCUCGAGUACGCCUUCAUCAUCGGGAGCUGUGGUUUGGCUUUUGUGUGUUUCGCUUUGAUGGUAGUUUCCUAUGUGCACAUUUUCUCCACUGUCCUGAGGAUCCCCUCCACCCAGGGCAGGUUUAAGGCCUUCUCCACCUGUCUGCCCCACCUCACAGUGGUCACCCUCUUCCUCUUCUCAGGAUUUAUCGCCUACUUAGGGUCGGCUUCAGAGUCGCCAUCAACGUUGAAUGUCUUCAUGUCUGUGCUAUACUCCCUCUUGCCUCCCAGCCUGAACCCCGUCAUUUACAGCCUGAGAAAUGCAGAUAUGAAGGUGGCGCUUAGCAAGUUUUGGGGUGGGAAAAAUGCAGUCUAA